AUGAGCUUCAACCACACUUUCUUCUGGCCAAAAGGUCCUUCUGAAGUGAUAUUAACUGGUACUUUUGAUAAUUGGUCCGGUUCAUUACCAUUAGUUAAAACAUCCAAGGGUGAUUUUGAAAUCACAUUACCUUUGAAACAAGAAGAUGAUGAUAAAAUCUUGUUCAAAUUCAUUGUUGAUGGUAAUUGGACCACAAGUAAAGAUUAUGAAACUAUUAAUGAUAAUGGUAAUGAAAACAAUGUUUUAUAUUUAAAGAAUUUAUCACAAGUUGAAGAAUCUAAAUCAUCUGGUGGUUCUAAAAUCCCAGAAGCUGGUGGAUUGGCUGCUGGUGGAUUAGCUGCGGCUGGUGCUGCCGUUGCAGGAGUUUUAGGCUUAAACUCUACAAGUAGUGAUAAAGAAAACACUGAAUCAUCAAAGGACUAUAAACCUACUGUCUUACCAUCAAAUGAAGGUAAUCAUGCUUCAGUUGCAGGUGAACCAGGUGUUGCAAUUCCUUCAGAUCCUCAUCAAAUCAAAGAGUUCAGUGAAGUUAGAGAUGUUGAUGCCAAAGAAUUGAAUGCUAAAUUGAAUAAAGAAGAUGAAUUCAAGACUCAAGUGUUACCAUCUCAAGAAGGUGAACAAUCCAAUGUCUCUGGUGAACCAGGUAUUGCUAUUCCAAAAGAUGCUGGAAACAUUAAGGAAUUUGGUGAAGUUAGAAAUGUUGAUGCAAAAGACUUAAAUGCUAAAUUAAACAAGGAAGAUGAAGUGAAGACUCAAGUUUUACCUUCGAAUGAAGGAAACCAUGCCACAGUUGCUGGUGAACCUGGUGUUGCCGUUCCAAAAGAUGCUCAAAACAUUAAAGAAUUUGGUGAAGUUAGAGAUGUUGAUGCUAAAGCAUUAAAUGAAAAACUUGGUGGUGAAGGUUCAACAAAAGCAGCAGCUGCAACUUCAACUGAAUCACCUGAAAAAAAGACUAAAAAAGUUCCAGUCAAGAAAUUGAUUAGAAGAAAUAAAGAAACCGGUGAAGAAGUUGUUGUAUCAAGUGAACCUGUUGAUCAUGUUCCAAAAGAUCAAAACAUCUCUACAAAUGGUGCUGAAACUAAAGAUACCAUCAAACCAACUGAAGAGAAAACUCUUGAUCCUAAAAAGUCAAGUGCUGAAACUAAUGGAAAGACUACUAAAGACACUGCAACAAAGACUACAGAAGAGAAACCAAAAACAGCAAGUACUUCCACUACCGCUGCUUCUAAACCAAAACCAAAACCAAAACCAGCUGCUGCU